UUCCCUAGAUCCGCCAUUUCAGUCCCGGAGUUUCUUGUUGCACAUUAGUUUUGAAUUUAUUCUUUUGCUAUUUUAACGUUUUAGCAGUCGAGCCUUCGCUCUUGUGGCGUCGCGCGAGUUCCGUCGUCUUAAACGCCCUGAAAUUAGUCGUGGAAGUUUCAACAACGGUGGUAUUAGAGCGGGGUUUUCAUUUUCUUCACGGGGAACGUUAGUCAACCAAAGUUUUUGUAUGAGUUGCGGAUAGGGAGAGGCGGCGGGGAAAGGCCUCAAGCCUCGGACGGGAUUUCACAGCCAUGGCCGGUAAUUUUGAUGCCGAAGACCGCUCGAGCUGGUACUGGGGGAGGCUCAGUCGCCAGGAAGCGGUUUCUCUUCUCCAGGGGCAGAGGCACGGCGUGUUCCUGGUGAGGGACUCGAUCACCAGCCCCGGGGACUACGUGCUGUCCGUGUCGGAGAACUCCAAAGUGUCCCAUUAUAUAAUCAACAGCAUCAGUAACAACCGGCAAUCUGGCUCAGGUUUGGCUCCCCCUCAGUUUCGGAUUGGGGAUCAGGAGUUUGAGGCGCUGCCGGCCCUGCUGGAGUUUUAUAAGAUCCACUACCUGGACACCACCACACUCAUCGAGCCCAUAAACAAGGCCAAGCACACCGGAUUCGUCAGCACCUCGGCGGUCGGCGUCCCACUGGACGAGGCAGAGUUCGUACGAGCGCUAUUUGACUUCCCCGGUAACGACGAGGAGGACCUCCCCUUCCGCAGGGGCGACAUCCUGCGGGUGCUGGAGAAGCCAGAGGAUCAGUGGUGGAACGCGGCGAACCAGGAGGGCCGAGCCGGGAUGAUCCCCGUGCCCUACGUGGAGAAGUACCGGCCCGCCUCGCCCGCCGCCGGCCUGGGUUCCCCUGUUGUAGGGAGUGGACCGGGGGUGCAGGCGGGGGGGGUGGUGGGCAGCACAGACGCAACGGGGGCCCCUCAGACAAACCCUCUGGGGGACCCUGGCCAGUAUGCUCAACCUGUGGCCAAUGCCCAGCUCCCGAACCUGCAGAACGGUCCCGUCUAUGCCCGAGCCAUUCAGAAGAGGGUGCCCAACGCCUACGACAAGACGGCGCUCUCUCUGGAGGUGGGCGACACGGUGAAAGUGACCAAGAUCAACGUGAACGGCCAGUGGGAGGGUGAGUGCAAGGGCAAACAAGGCCACUUUCCCUUCACCCACGUCCGGCUGCUGGAACAACACCAUCCCGACGACGAGAGCUGAGAACCGCUCCCCCUCCCCCGCUCCCCCUCCAUCACUUCGACCGUGUCCAGCACACCCCUUCUCUUUCGGUCGUUACGUCAUGCUCUGAAAGAAAAGGAUUUAUACAAGCACACAAUAUAUGAACCUAUGAGCUCAACCCGAGACGUGCCGGUCGAUCUCGCCUGCUGUCAUUUUGAAGAGUUUACACUACGGUCAGACUGAUAUCGGUUCGCCUAUAUAAGCUUCGUUUGUGAAGUCGGUGUGUCGCACACGCUGCCGUUGUCGGCCCCUUGCUUGACUACUUCUCUGAAACCAACAAAUUAAAUAUAGCUAUCAUUAAGAUAAAUGGCAGCCUUUAUCGGUUUAGUAUUUAUUCACCUAACAUUUGGCUUCCAAUAACUCCAGAGCUGUUUAAUUGCUUUUCUGUUUGUUUAUCCGAAGCAUGUAGCAGCUAGACACUGUUUUAAGGGGCUUACACACCUAAAUAUCUUAAUAGUGAAGGUUUGAAAAUUGUACUUUGUUUCCUUCUGCCAUGUAUUUUAGCAAGUCAUUAGAAAGUGUAAGGGCAACACUAACUAUUCCCUUGUAAUGUUGCAGCACAAGACUCGCUCCAUCCUGUUUCUGUCCAUCAUGCGUUCACCUUUUUUUAUUCCAGUUGCAGUCUCAACUAAUAAUGCUUAUAAUCCAGACUUGCAGUUAGCGAUUGAUUUUUCCUUGUGGGCCCAUGUAGCGCUGACGAUGCAGUCAUCAGAACUGUCCAAUCAAUGAGUUCCCUGUCAGUCCACUUCAUGUCUCCGGUCUUUGUGCUCACCCCGUGUAAUGGAGCCAUGUCUCGAUCGCGGCCGCUAAACAUAAAAUAUUCAGUCAUUUUUGGAUGGAAGAGAAGGCAGAUAUUCAUCUUAAAUGACCAAUUAAAUAUUGGCUAAAUGUCAGUUUCCAUCCAUAACAGGCAGAACAAGGCGACAGUCACCGAUAUCAGUCGAACCGUUGUUUACCCAUCUCCAGCCCAGUAUUGAAGUCUGCACACCCGCUCUGCCCUUCCUGUGUUUCCCGCUGCAUUUGAUUCAUACAGAAGGGAAAAAUCAAUUGCACAUCGGAGACAAAACACUCGGCUUCUCGCACAGAAUCAUGAAUCAGUGAGUUUUUGUAGUGCCAGACUGUGAACCUCGGGAGUGAAACGAGCAAAGACUUUUCCUGAUGACUCCGUCUUGUGGAGAAGACUACUUCACCAACUUACGACAUCCCACACUACACACAAAGUUGUUGUCUUUUUUUUUUUUUUAUGUACCAAAAGUGGAAAAUAUUGUGACAGAAUUGACUCGCUGUCUCUCGACACACCGUACAUGCGAAAUACUGUUGGUUCUCUUUAACUGUUUGUUACCAGAGAUGCAUCCAGUGUGUUAUGUUCCUCUUCGAAAACACUAUUCAGCGCCAGCAUGGAUGACUUCAUGUGAAACGUUGUAAAAGAACAAAAUGAGAGCCCUUUCCAGGAGGAAGAAGAGAUACUCUGAGGCUGUUUUUAAAAGAUGAGGAAAAAAAGUCGAGGGAUUUUAUUUUUGUCUUCCAGCAGGGUUUUUAUGACAUUGUCAUUCCGAGAUGCUAUUGAGAUAAAAGCCACCUUAAAAACACUAAAUCCUCUUGCAUUUGUUGUUGUUGUAUAACUGCUAAAAAAACCCCAGACGUGUCACACUGUCAUUUCUUGUGCCAUGAAUUGUUUCCCGUCUGCCACAUUGACUCCACAUGCUAUUAUUACAUAAAAAAGCUUUUUAUAAACACUGAGCUUUAUGUCGGUAUGAAAAUAAACCAUUUAAUGGUC